CUGAUUUAAAAAAUGCAAAGAGCGACGAAACUGCAGGACGCAGCCAGAACUUCAGAACCACCCAGCCUCAGGAAGUCUGACCCGGGCCGGUCUACAUUCAAAGAGAGGCUGACCAUAGCUACAGCCGCCAUCAAGACGGUGGCCGGCCUGUCCCUGGGGUACUACGUCCUGUAUUACCACGUGCCAAUCCCCGUGCCGUCCCUCCCCCAGACACUGGACCGCCUCAUCUACACGCUCCGGUUUCAAACGUUCCCCUGUCUGACCUUGAUCGUCGGGAUCCUAGUCGUGGCCUUGACCCGGUUAUUCACCACCGCCAUUGACCCAAUCAACGGCGGCGGUGAACAUCACGUGGCUGUGUACUCGCGGUACCUGACCAACACGGUGGAGCAGUUCCUUGUCAGUUUUGUGGGUCAGCUCAUCCUGGCCACGUUCCUCCAGGAGCACCAGAUGAAGAACAUCCCCAUCCUCGCAAUCUUCUUCGUCUUCGGACGCGUCGCUUUCUUCUUCGGUUACCGGAAGUCGUACCUGAACCGGACAACCGGUUUCGUGGCGACCUUUCUGGUCAGUAUCGUGGUGUGGAUUGUGGUGGUUUAUCACGUGGUGUCCAGCCUUUUCUCUUAACACUCUCAGCACAACCAGUG